AGCGCAUGCGCACAUCAAAUUCUCCGAGUCAGAUAAACUUUCAUUUCCCACACGCGAAUUUGUUUGCCACUUUCAGUCCCAGGAGUGCCUGGACCACGGUGGUAGAAAUACGCGACACGACAGAAAAGGAGUUUGUAAGUGUAUGGGUACGAGAUCCUCAGGUACACAAGGAGGAUUUCUGGCAUGCGUACAUCACCUAUGAGAUCUGCCUUCAUACCAAUAGUAUGUGUUUCCGGAAGAAGACCUCUUGUGUGAGGAGGAGGUAUAGUGAGUUUGUUUGGCUGCGUCAAAAACUACAGAACAAUGCUGUGCUUAUAGAGUUACCUAAACUCCCUCCCGGGAAUCCUUUCUUCAAUCUCAAUAGUGAUUUUCAGAUCACUCAGCGGAUGCAGGGGCUGCAACAGUUUCUUGAGGCAGUUCUACAGACACCGUUAUUGCUGUCAGACAGUCGACUGCACCUGUUCUUGCAGUCACAGCUGAGCAUUGCAAAAAUGGAUGCGUGUGCACAGGGACAGACGCAUUACACGGUUGCACAGGCAAUCCAGCGAUGUGUCGGGUAUACCCGUUUCCCUGUGGAGGAACAGCAUCAAAAAGAAGACCGCAAAACAUGCUGUGACUCAGACUGUGAAAGUACAACAUCCUCUGGCUUGGGCAAUAGUCUAGGACGUGCCACACCUGUUGAAGAAGACUCUUCCUAUAAUGAAAGCUUUUCCCAUAAAUUUCAUGUCACAACCCCUGAGGCAGAACUCUGUAGCAGCCCGUCUUCAUCUCCUAGCAACCAGUAACAUGUGCACUCUCUUAUAUGAACUCAAGAGAUGUAUACAUACACAUCCACGCAUACUCUGUCAAAAAGAGUUGCUGACCAGUUACUGCUUCGAGCCUCCAGAGUUAUAUUUGGAUGGAUAUUGAAACAAAAAAGUGUCUUGAUUAUUGUUUUAUUACAUGUUGUGUUGGUGUCCAUGAUGUUUUGAUGUUUUGUUUUGUUUUUAAAUAGAGAUAUCUUUAUUUAAUUUUUGUGGUUAUAUUAAAUAAUCCUCCUUUACUGAAGGGUUGACCUGGAAAGAAAAAAAAGCUAGUGAAAUACAGUGUGAGUGUUUUUCUUGAUGCCGUCAUUCAGGGAACACUGGGUUUAAUGUGUGCCUGACAAAGAAGCUUUUUAAAACACUUAAUCUGUAUAGACAUGCUUUUGUUUAACAGAUUUU